UAGAAGUGUCAGUCAGAAUAACACAUGAACAGUUAAGAGAAGCAUUGAGAAGAAUUGAUCCUUGGGGUAUGGCAAAUAGGUGGGCAGAAAUUACACCAUAUCAUGAAUAUCAUGUUUCAGGUCCAAAUGCAUUGUGGCAUAUAGAUGGCAAUCAUAAGUUAAUCCAUUGGAAAUUAGUUGUCCAUGGUGCUAUAGAUGGCUAUUCACGACUAAUUACAUAUUUGCACUGCAGUAAUAAUAAUUAUUCCUCAACAGUCUUACAAUAUUUUUUGAAGGCAACACAAAUUCAUGGCAUUCCAAGUAGGGUCAGAGGUGAUUGUGGAGGAGAAAAUGUUGAUGUUGCUGCUUGGAUGCUAAAUACUAGAGGUCUUAAUAGAGGUAGUUAUAUUGCUGAGCACCAUGGAUUAAAUCCUGAUAAUGAUUUGGAUCUAUUUUGCCUACAUUAUGUAUUUGUUCCAAGAAUUGAAGAAUCUUUUGGAAAUGCCAUUUUAGACCAUGCUGAUAUAAAUGUUGAUGAUGAAUAUGGAAUAGAUUGGAAUGGUCCAACUCCUCAAGUAGAAUAUCAACAAGUAAUUGUUAAUGAG